GAUAUGAUGAAAGGGAGCCACAGAGAGAGAAGUGUUUGAAGAGUGUAGGAGUGGCAGCGCGAGGGUGAAAGAGACGCACAAGUGGAUCCUAAAGUCCUUCCCCGGAGAGGGGCUGCCUGGAGGGAAGGGACAGAGUGCGGAGUCAGCGCGGGCGGCUGCCACUGUCGCCGCCACUCCCGGAGGCGGCGGGACGUGGUCAGGCUGCCGGGACGUGAUGGGGCUGCGGCCCCAGCCUCGCUGACUACCGGUGGCGGGAGGAAGGGACUCGGAGCAGCCCGCGGGGCGCAGGGAGAGGGGGAUGCCGAGAGGCAGGCCAUUUCCUGUACCCAGAACCUAAGCAGCCGGGGUCGGUGCACCCCGCAGGGACGGCCCGGGCUCGGAGCGUGGCCCAUGUCCGGCGCGGGUGAAGCCCUCGCUCCCGGGCCCGCGGGGCAGCAGUGCCUGGCCGAGGCGGGCGGCGGCCGGCUGGGCUCUCCGGCCCACGAAGCCUGUAAUGAGGACAGUACUGAGAAAGAUAAAAGUCGAGCUACCAGCAGCCACACCAGGUGUGGACUGAUGCGGGACCAGUCCCUUUGGAGAGAUCCUUCAGAUGGCGAACUCGUCAGAACCCAACCUGAGCGUCUGCCUCAACUGCAGACAUCAGCACCGGAACCCAACAAGGAGGAAGCAGGCAAGAUAAAGAAUGGCGGCCACACAAGUAUGAGCAAUGGGAAUGGAAUUCACCACGGAGCCAAACAUGUGUCUGUGGACAAUCACAAAAUGUCAGCUCCUGUUUCUCAGAAAAUGCACAGAAAACUUCAGUCCAGCUUGUCUGUCAGCAAUGACGUCAGUAAGAAGAGUAAAGUAAAUGCUGUCUUUUCCCAAAAGUCCGCUUCCUCACCUGAAGACUGUUGUGUCCACUGUAUCCUGGCGUGCUUGUUCUGUGAAUUCCUGACCCUCUGCAACAUCGUCUUGGGACAAGCUUCGUGCGGCAUCUGCACCUCCGAAGCCUGCUGCUGUUGCUGUGGCGAUGAGAUGGGCGAUGACUGUAGCUGCCCCUGUGACAUGGACUGUGGCAUCAUGGAUGCCUGUUGUGAAUCCUCAGACUGUUUAGAGAUCUGCAUGGAAUGCUGUGGCAUCUGUUUUCCUUCAUAAAGAUUUAUCUCUUGUUUGUACUAAAACUGGAGACGACAUUACAAUCUUUCUUGUAGGGGAAAGAAAAGCCCCUGGUAAGGCUCCCGUGAAGCAGCUCAGUAUUUGCACUGUCUAACUCAUUCCUUUUACAUAAUCUCUGAAAUUCUUCCUCUUUCACCAGAUGUGUGUGGUUUAAUAUGUGAAGUUUUAACUGCCUGACUGGCUUUCGAAGCAUCUUCGUAGAUGAUAAUAAUUGGAAGACAUUUUGACACACACAGCCUACAAUGUUAAAUGUCUUCUUUCUCUCAACAUGUCUGUUUUCCCUAACCAUUCUGAGCAGCUCUUUGCUCUAAAUGCAAUAUUGCUCAGUAUGUCUUUAAACCAGUUCACUUUGAUAUUUAUCUAUUAGAGGUCAAUAGCAAACUUUUUUUUUUAUUCUAAGCAAGCGCAAACAUUGGGCAGAGGCGUAAACAGUUGUGGGACUCUCCAUGUUGGUCUCCUCUGGGCUCUCCACCUCUCUUGUUCUGCCAGAGUGCACUGAGGAAGAUCAUGUUGCUCUCUCACCCAGAGCAGCAGGAAGCAUAAUGGAGGAGAACAGGAGGAGAGCCGUAAAGAAUGAACCAGGUCGCAAGGCAUGCUGACUUCAGGACUGUAAAGGCAAGAGGCCGGAGGAACACACAGAAGUGAAUGAUGGAUUACUGAAGGAGGAUGUGUGAGGCGUUGUGGAGGCACUAGGAUGAGCUAUUUAAAUUUAGAAGAAAGUUUAAGGUGGACAGCCUGGGCUGUCUACGCUCUGAACAAGAGAAAAGGAUUUGCCUUGAUUGUACAUUGCAGCAACACAGCUUUCUUAGAACUAUAAAAUCUAAACUAAUGCAAAUAUGCACUUUUCUACACAUAAUUUAAGUGUUAUAAAUUUUAAUGAAAACAUAAUACCUUGUUAACAUAACUAUAUUUUACCAAAAAAAAAAUGUAGAACACUUUUUAACAACGUUCAUUUAAAUGAGUUUUUUUUUUAAGAUUAAAAAUUCCCAGUAUUCAUUGGGGUUUUUCCAAAGCUGGCUUAUAUUUGGAAAGAUUCAGUUCUUUAGCAUGCAGGGGUUGGGGUGGGGGUCUAUUUAUUUUCACUGGCUUGUAGUUCUAGCCUUAUUGUAUUUCAUAAAUAUGUAAGUUUUGGAUCCACUACAGGAGGACCUCAGAUGUCCACCAUCAUCACCAGAUAUCAGGAUUCCAACUGUGUGUGAAAUUAUGCCAAGAGGCAGAUUAUAAAGAUACUAAGGUCGGAAGAAGUGAGGCUGCGAUGAGACUAAUUCUAAAGUGAUGGAGUCAGCUCAUGUGGAAGGGAGGGAGAGUUCAGGUUCAUACACAUCCUCCCCUGAUUUUUUGUUUUUUUGUUUGUUUGUUCGUUCACUUGUUUUUCUCUCCAGAUUUAAAAUUUGGUUAAAUUGACUAAUUCCUUAUAGGCUCUUGAGACUUGUUAGUGGUUCUUCCUAGUUCUGGAUGAAUAUUAGAUUAUUAGAAAUAGUGCUUUUGGGGGAAGAAUUUAGCCAGACUAGACCUUUAGGAGACCUGAACAUUUUUUUUACAUGAAGAAUGGCAAUAUCACCAGUGUCUUUCCUUUGAAAAUUAGCCUAGCUUAUAAUUAAAUUAUUAUUUUAAAUAUUCUUUGAAAAAAAAUCAAGUGCAUCUCCUUUCUAGUGCAAUUUACAUGUGCAUAUACUUUAAAUAUGAUGCUAAUAUACAGCUGCCUUCUUCUUCAUUUUUUAAACAGAAGCUUUGAUUCAAAUAUAAUGGCAACUUUAAUAUUUCCAUAUACCCGAUGUUAGCUUGUGCUUAUAUCAUAGGAUGAAGAAGAGCCAUCUGUUUAUGGAUAAGCCUCCUAAUGAUUGUUAAAAUAUUUGCCUCGUUAUCCUGUAAAACUGUUUAACCAAGAGGCUUGUCUGAUGCUUGAAUAUAUCUUGCUAUGAUUUGCAAUGAAAAUGUUAGUGCAUUAAAAAUGUUUUUCUGUAAUAGAGAGCAUUAGUGAAUACCAGAAUUUAAUUUCCAUACUUGUACGUGUAGGACUUUUCUUCAGCUCUCUACUCCAGGCAAGCCAUUCCUUAAGGCAUCUUGUAUAAUUCAAAAGAAAAAUAGGCAAAUGUGAAAACAGUUUUAGCAUAUUUUAGAAUUUUGGUAUAUAAAGUGUUUUGUUGAAUCUUAUGGCCGUCAAAGCUAAUUGCUAUAGUUUACACCUAGACAUUCCGACUCUUUUUAAAUGUGGCAUAUUUUCAAACUGGAUCCUGGAUAUUUUAAAAUUAAAAAGGAAUAUGACUA